ACGAUGGAGAGUUGGGUCUCGCAGUGAGGAAGGAUGAGUUCUUGUUUCGUGCCGAACGGGGCCAGCUUGGAGGAUUGCCAUUCCAAUCUAUUCUGUCUGGCUGACUUGACGGGGAUCAAAUGGAAGAAGUUCGUGUGGCAGGGUCCCACCUCCGCUCCCAUCCUCUUCCCGGUGACGGAGGAGGACCCCAUCCUGUGCAGCUUCAGCCGCUGCCUUAAGGCGGACGUGCUGAGCGUGUGGCGGCGCAGCCAGCGGCAGGGCUGGAGGGAGCUCUGGCUCUUCUGGUGGGGAGACGACCCGAACUUCGCCGAUCUGAUUCACCACGAGCUCGCAGCCGAGGACGACGAUCCGUCGGAGAACGGCCUCUCCUACGAGUGUCGCACCCUGCUGUUCAAAGCCAUCCACAACUUGCUGGAGCGCUGCCUCAUGAACCGCAGCUUCGUGCGCAUCGGCAAGUGGUUCGUCAAACCCUACGAGAAGCACGAGAAGCCCAUCAACAAGAGCGAGCACUUGUCCUGCGCCUUCACCUUCUUCCUGCACGGCGAGAGCAACGUGUGCACCAGCGUGGAGAUCAACCAGCACCAGCCCAUCUACCAUCUCACCGAGGAGCACCUAGCUCAGGCCCAGCAGGCGUCCAGUCCAUUUCAAGUCAUCCUGAGUCCAUUUGGCCUGAAGGGAACGCUGACCGGCCAGUCGUUUAAGAUGUCAGACCCCCCCACGCAGAAGCUGAUCGAGGAGUGGAACCAGUUUUAUCCCAUCAGUCGCAGUAACAAGGAGGGUGCGUCAGAGGACAAGCCUGAGGACAUGGACUGGGAGGAUGAUUCUCUGGCCUCUGUAGAGGUCCUUGUUGGCGGGGUGCAUAUGGUCUACCCAGCCUGCCUGGUGCUGGUACCCCAGUCAGAUAUCCCCGUCUUGGCCCCUGUGGGGUCGUCUCACUGCACUGCCGUCUACCCGGGUGGUCACCAAGUGCCUGCUUCCCAGCGAGAGCCUGCCAUGUCAUUGGUGACCCUCACCCCUCCCACAUCCCCCGAGGAGGCUCACACAGUGGACUCUCAUUCGGCCCAGAAGUGGGUUAAGAUGCCAUCGUCAUCUGACGCAUUCAGCGUGGACAGAACCAGUCACCACGGAGGAAAGAUUCCACGCAGGCUGGCCAGUCAGGUGGUGGAGCGAGUCUGGCAAGAGUGCAAUAUCAACAGAGCGCAGAACAAACGGAAGUUUCCAGCUGUGCCCAACGGUACGUGUGAGGAAGAGGUGGUGGACAAAGUUGGAGCCUGGGAUUUUGUGGUGCCUUCCCAGAGGUCCUACUGCAGCUGUUCCAGACACAAAUCAGGAAAGCAGCGAACAGGCAGCACUCCAGGCCAAACGCAGUCAACGGGUCAGCCCUCUCAGCCUUCCACCAAGCACAAAACCGGAGGGGAGAAGCCAGAGAAGGGUGACAAGCAGCAGAAGAGGCCCCAAACGCCAUUCCAUCACCGCAGCUUGACCAGCGACGAAACGUCCAUAGAGACUGAAGCAACAGUAGGCCAGAGGCUGGCCAUGAGGGGUCAGGACGGCGGACGAUUUCGAUCUUCGGAUGUAGUUACUGCCCUCUCAAAAGCCCCCCAGCUCCACGGUGGAGCAAUCGGCACCGGGCCCUCAGAACAGUCCAACUCCCCCCCACCCCCACCACUUAGCCCCCACCCCUGCGAGCACGGCGAGGAGUCAGGGGAGGGCAUAAAGAACCCUUCAACCCCCAACAGCCAACACUUUUACCAGCUACCCCCAGAGCCCUGCCUGGCUGGGGCGAAGGGUGGCGGCGAGGAGCCCGGUGGUCCUGAGAGCAUCAAUCAGCACUUUCACUCCCAUAACCCCCACUCUCACCCAGGAACCUCUGCCUUCUCUGAGCCUCCCGAGCCCACCGUGUACACGGGCUCGGCAUUCAACCUGGAGGACGACGGCUCCCACACACCAUGGAGGUUAUUCAACCUGCCCCGCAGGAAGGAGGCCGAGCUGCCCACGCCGCUGCUGCCUGGAGACAAGCUGAGGGACGAGGCUGCUGCAUCACAGGACCUGGUGUCUGUUACAGAAGUGAUGUCCACAUCUAAAAUGCCCCUGAAGGUGUCUGAGGACCGCCUGCAGAUGUAUAGAGCCAGGAGAAACCAGUACUUAUCUGCUGCUGUAACAGACGGGGAUCACGAGCCCGAGGUGGACCCCUACGCCUUCGAGGAAGGGGACGUCAAGUUCACAUUCUCCUCUAAGAAGGACAAAGGAGGAGGAGAGCGGGAGCCCGGCAAGAAACACAAGGGUGAAGAUGGAGGAGCCGGUCAAACAGAUGAUGCACAACGCGCGGCUGCUCACAAUCGCAUGGCCUCCACCAGCCUGAUGCACGUGACGGACCUGGUGGUUUCCUUCAACGACCUCGACAACCUUUUCAACUCGGAUGAGGACGAUCUGACGCCCGGUACCAGACGACCUGUGAACGGAACAGAUGAGAAAUUUGGCAACAAAGAUCCAAAGCCAUCCUCGCUGGACGCCGUGUCUUGCAUUAGUUCAGCAGACCUGCACCAGAUGUUUCCCACGCCUCCCUCGCUCGAGCAGCACAUUAUGGGUUACUCGCCCAUGAACAUGUGCAACAAGGAGUACAGCAUCAUGGAGACCAACCCAGGCAUGACCAUGCUGGAUGGCACCCCCACCCUGGGAGGCCACUUCAAGAUUGAGGUGGAGGAGAGCUUCUGCAGCCCCAAACCUUCUGAGAUCAAGGACUAUUCAUUCGUGUACAAGCCAGAGCUAUGUCAGGCAUUUGUAGGCUGCUCCAUGUUCGCCCCCCUGAAGACGUUGCCCAGCCAGUGUCUCCCACCGCUCAAAGUACCGGAGGACUGCGUCUACCGGACAAGCUGGACCAUGGGCAGGGAGAUGCUCAAUCCUGUGCCUGCGCUGGGCUUCCUAAACAAAGACGGUAAUAUUCCCAGUGUGGGCAGUGCCAUGGACCAGGACUACACCCAGACCUACACCCCCCAGACCCACACUCCCUUCAUGUCCAACAGCGCUCCCCCCAGUAACAGCGGCACUAGCAUCCUGCCUUCCCCCGCCACACCACGUUUCUCGGCUCCCACCCCACGUACACCUCGGACCCCACGCACGCCCCGGGGCCCCUCCAGCGUCCAGGGCUCUGUAAAGUAUGAGAACUCGGACCUGUACUCUCCAGCGUCUACUCCUUCUACAUGCCGACCUCUGAACUCGGUGGAGCCGGCCACGGUCCCCUCCAUCCCUGAAGCCCACAGCCUCUACGUCACGCUAAUCCUCUCGGAGUCGGUCAUGAACCUCUUCAAGGACUGCAACUUCGACAGCUGCUGCAUCUGCGUGUGCAACAUGAACAUCAAAGGAGCCGACGCGGGGGUAUACCUGAGCGGCGCUGAUGGUGAAGAUCAAGACCCCUGCAGCUGCGGCUUCAGCGCCGUUGUGAACCGGCGGUACGGAAACGGCUCCGGCCUCUUCCUGGAAGACGAGCUGGACAUCAUCGGCCGGGGUUCGGACAUCAGCAAGGAGGCAGAAAAGAGCUUCGAGGAGCUGCGGCUCUCCUCGUUGGAGAGGACGGGGGUUGGACGAGGGGACCGCGUUCCAGAUGAGCUUAUUGUGCUCCUGCAGGACCAGUGCACAAACCCAUUUUCGCCCAUUUCAGUCAUGGAGCAUGAGGCAGCAACGAGGGGGCCGAGCGGGGCCCCUGUGCCGCCCUGUGUACGGGUGGAGGAGAGAGACUACCGUAGUGACUGCUACAUGGCUCUGGAACACGGCAGGCAGUUCAUGGACAACAUGUCAGGCGGCAAAGUGGACGAGGCGCUGGUGAAGAGCACCUGCCUGCACCACUGGGCCAAACAAAAUGCAGUGGACGUGAGUUCCCUUUGCUCUCAGGAUGUGCUGCGGGUGCUGAUGUCGCUCCAGCCUGUUCUUCAGGACGCCAUUCAGAAGAAGAGGACGGUUCGGUCGUGGGGGGUUCAGGGCCCCCUCACCUGGCAGCAGUUCCACAAGAUGGCUGGACGAGGCUCCUAUGGCACAGAUGAGUCUCCAGAGCCUCUGCCCAUCCCCACCUUCCUGGUGGGUUAUGAGUAUGACUUUGUGGUGCUGUCUCCGUUUGGUUUGCCAUACUGGGAGAAGCUUCUGCUGGACCCUUACGGCUCUCAGCGGGACAUCGGGUACCUGGUAGUUUGUCCCGACAGCGAAGCCAUGCUCAGCGGCGCCAAAAGCUUCUUCCGAGACCUCACAGCUGUUUACGAGUCCUGUCGCCUGGGCCAGCACCGACCUAUUUCAAGGAGUUACCCUGACGGCAUUGUAGUUGUUGGCGGCAGCGGAGCCAAAAGUGUUAUGGAUCAGCCCGUCAGCGACUGGUUCCUUAAGGCUGCCAGCAGCAACAGCGACGCCUUCACCAAGCUCAAGCUCUAUGCACAAGUGUGCCGACACAACCUCGCUCCUUACCUCGCUUCACAAACAUUAGACAGCUCACUCCUCACGCAGCCUAGUGCCUCUUCUUCAUCCAGCCAGACAUCACCCACUCAACAACCUAGCUCCACCUCCAACACAGCCAGCCAGAUGGGCUCCUCCGUUCCCAACAACAGCAGCAGCAGCACCAACACCAACGGAAACGGCUCUGGAAACGCCUCCGCGUCAUCCAACGGCCUUGCAGCAUCCUCGGGCCAGCCUGGCAGCACAAUGCCGUCUGGCAAGCCAAGCUCUUUCCCACCGUUUGGAAACAUGAACAGCCAGGGUUCCCAGAGUGGACAGCUGGGACAGCAGGCUGGCACCCAGAAUGCUCCCACCUCAGGGGACAACUCCAGCAGCCAGUUCCAGGGGCCCACAGAACCCCCUGAAAGCACUUUGGAGCGGGAGAAAAUAGGCGUGCCUACAGACGGGGAGUCCCAUGCUGUAACCUAUCCUCCUGCCAUCGUCGUUUACAUCGUGGAUCCCUUUAGCUACGAGGAGGCCGACGGAGGCUCGGGACCAGUGCCUACCCAUUCCAGCGUGUGGACGCUGGGUUUGCUCCGCUGCUACCUAGAGAUGCUGCAGUUUCUGCCUCCACACAUUCGCAACUCUAUUUCCGUACAGAUUGUCCCCUGUCAGUAUUUACUCCAGCAAGUCAGAGGAGAAGACCGUCAUAUCUACGCCCAGCACCUCAAAUCUCUGGCCUUCUCCGUCUUUGCUCAGUGCAGACGGCCUCUGCCCACCUCCACCAACGUCAAGUCACUGACCGGCUUCGGCCCUGGAUUAGCCAUUGAUAACUCGCUGAAGAGCCCAGAGAGGCCGGAGUGUUUGCGUCUUUACACGCCUCCCUUCAUCUUGGCGCCAGUAAAGGACAAGCAGACGGAGCUGGGCGAGACGUUUGGUGAAGCAUCCCAAAAAUACAAUGUGCUGUUUGUGGGCUACUGUCUGUCCCACGACCAGCGGUGGCUUCUGGCUACGUGCACUGACCUGUAUGGGGAGCUCUUGGAGACCAGCAUCAUCAACAUCGACGUGCCCAACAGGGCCCGGAGGAAAAAAGGCUCCGUACGUCGACUGGGCCUCCAAAAGCUGUGGGAUUGGUGCUUGGGACUAGUGCAGAUGACAUCUGUUCCCUGGAGAGUGGUGAUUGGCCGCUUGGGCAGGAUGGGGCAUGGAGAGUUAAAAGACUGGAGCAUUUUAUUGAGCCGGAGGAACCUGCAAUCACUCAGUCGACGUCUGAAGGAAAUGUGUCGAAUGUGUGGAAUCUCCGCCUCCGACACUCCCAGCAUCCUCAGUGUGUGCUUGGUCGCCAUGGAGCCACAGGGAUCCUUCAUCAUCAUGCCAGACUCUGUGUCAACAGGCUCCGUGUUUGGCCGGAGCACCACCUUAAACAUGCAGACCUCACAGCUCAGCACCCCACAGGACACCUCCUGCACCCACAUCUUGGUGUUUCCCACCUCCGCCUCUCUCCAAGUGGCCAGCUCCAAUUACCCUAACAUCGACACCAACAUCGACAUUCUCAACCCCACCACCGAUGGGUCUGAUAUUGGGAUCUAUUGGGACCUGCUGGACCAGGAGAAUGAGUUGGACCCAGACAUCAUUAACAUCUCACCCACCACUUCACCAGUACACUCCCCCAGUCCUCAUUACCACCACGGAGUGGAUGGCAGUAAGGGUCAGAGCACAGACCGGAUGGAGUCUCAUGAAGAGGUUCCCAACCUCCUGCAGCAACCCCUGGCACUUGGCUACCUUGUCUCCACUGCGAAGGCCGGUCCACUGCCUGACUGGUUCUGGUCGGCUUGUCCGCAGGCUCAGAACCAGUGUCCGCUCUUCCUCAAGGCCUCUUUGCACCUCCACGUGUCUUCUGUGCAAUCAGACGAACUACUGCAUAGCAAGCACUCCCACCCCCUCGACUCCAAUCAGACCUCAGAUGUACUCAGAUUCGUGCUGGAGCAGUACAACGCUCUCUCCUGGCUAACAUGUGACCCAGCAACACAGGACCGAAGAUCAUGUCUGCCCAUUCACUUUGUGGUGCUCAACCAGAUGUACAACUUCAUCAUGACCAUGUUGUAACCAGCAGCCUGUUACGGGAGGGGUGGAGGAAGGAGGAGCUCUUCAGAGAGGAGCGCAGCAACCAGUCCUAUCGUGUGAGGAGGGCACCAGAGUACAGAGCUGGAUCCUGUACCCAGAUGGAGUAGCUGCUCCCAGCGCCUGGGGCUGUUACAGGCCCACAGUCCUGCCCCGCCAUCAUGAAGACUCAGUGGCAACAAGGGGGCAAAGAGGAGCUGGAAAGCCAGAAUCGGAGUUGCGAUUAAUGAACGUGCGAGAAUGACAUUUAUUGUCAUGGUAUGUAGCGUGGCAGCAGAGUCACUGGCCAGUCUGUAUUAGAGAGUUUAUCUGUAACGUUAUUGGAACAAAAGGGACAUAUUUGAUCUAGGAAAAACUCAAAAAUGGAUCUCUGGUUUUAAUACAAGAAAUUCCUUUUUAAGGCUUUAGAUGAAAUAGUAUCCAAAUGAAAUGCCUGCAUCUAUCUUAUUUAUUGUAAGUUUUUAAAUGUAUAAAUUGUCAUAUUUCUUACCUUCUUUUAUAUAUAAAAUGAAGGUUUAUAUCACCUUCCUGCUUUAAAGCAAUUGGUCUCAGAUAUAUGUAAUCGUCUUAAUAAGAGAAACCGGAAAAUAUCCCAGAAAAAUUAAAUAAAGUCCCAGUAGGUUGCUUUUAGAGUAUUAUUUUUUGUAAUGGAGACAGAAUAUUUGUAUUGUCACAAUGUACAGAAGAAUAAGAGUGAAGAAUUAUGUUCCAUGCCUUUGAGCAUGAAGGACUUACAGCAAAGCUGUAGCUACAGAGGACUUGUACAGCAAUGAACUUCACUGUGUUCAAAUAAAGAGGUACAUUGUU